AUGAAGCAUAAGGUUUCAUAAAUGAUUGAUAUAUACAAAGAAAUUGUUUACAACUUAAAUUUGGAACCUCAAAAUGAAAUUAAUAUGUAAAUUAUAAUUAGGUUCAUACUAUUAGAUAAUAGCUUAUAAAUGAGGAAAAUUAUUGCACUAUUUUUUAAAUUCUUUUUCCAUCCUUAGAAGAUGAAAUAGAGAAUAUUAAAAAUGAAACAAUUUCAUCAGGAAAAAAAAUAUAAGCGCUUAUUGAGUUUUUAGUAUAAAUAUAAAUAUUACUCAUAGUCGAAUUAAGUUUUGAAUUGUAAUUUAGCACAUAUACGCGGUUCAUAAAUAGUUAAAGGAGACUUAUAGCAUUUAUCAAAUUUUUUAUAAAUAUUGCAUGAGUUAUCAAAACUUUUUAAGGAUAGAGCAUUAAAUUCCGUUAAAAUUCUACACCCUCUGAGUAAAAUUCAUAAAAAUUAACUUAGAUGUUUAGAGUAUUUCUAUAAUUCUCAAGAUGAAAAAUAAACCUAUUAAGAAGAAGAUAAUGAUCACUUAUAAAAGUCGAGUAUCUAAUCAAAUUAAUUUUAAAUUAAUAAAAAUGCAAAAUAACGAAAUAAUCAAUCAUGUGAGCAAUAAUCUAAAAAAAAAGAUGAUAGAAAGUCAUCUUAAUUGAAAAACUAAUAAGGAAGUAAUCAAUAAAGAUAAAAAAGACCUAUUAGAUCUCAUUCAUUAAAAAAGCCAACAGAUUAAGACCCAAAGUUUCAAAAAAAAUUACCUUACGAACCAAGGUCUUAACCAAAAAAAUAAUAGUCAUUUACAAAAUAAAAAGAAAAAUACUCAGAAAAUACAAAGUCUUCAUAAGAUUCAUAAUAUUCUUUGGAUUUUGAAACUUAAAAUAAAGAUGAAGUAGAUUAUGAAUUUUUAUAAUAAUUUGAUGAAAAAGAUAUCAAGCAAUUGGAUGAUAAUGAUCCGAUUAAAAUAAAAUAUGUUCUAGAAAAAUAAAAAGAGGAGAUCUUAAAAGUUCUAUAAGAAAAAAUAUUACAUGAAGAAAAUCAUUAAAAUUUCCCUGCUUCUGAUGAAUAAAUAGACAUUUAAAUGAAAAAUAUUAAAGAAUCUUUUAAAAAAAUGAAACCAAAACCUUCUACUGAGAAUAUGGAAAAUAUCAAUGAACAAAAAAAUUAAUAUAGGAAUUUCUUAAAAGAUUAAUUGAAAAAUUUUCAAUAAAUUAAAUAAAUUCAAAAUGUAUAAAAAUAAGAUGUUAACUCAAGAACAAGUACUAAAAUAAAAUAGAAUGAUUUAAUUAAAGAUUAGUUUGAGAAUGUUCAUUUGUUUAUGCAACAUAAAUUAAGAGAUGAAAAAUUGAAUUAUCUAAAAAAAAUUCACCGAAUAGUUUUUGAGUUAGAGAAAAGAUAAAUAAUUGAUGAAAAAUAUGAUCACAGGUAAGCCAGAAGGCAGUAAAAUAUUCUAACAAGGAAUAUCUUAGAUUCAGUUGAAAGUUCUUAUGAUGAUUAAAUAGUAUUUUUAAAACAAAAAAUAUAAAAACAAAGAAACGAUCGAUUAUAUGAGGGCAUAUCUGAAAAAUCAAUAUUAUCUAAACUAGAGAAGGAACUUAAAGAAGAGAAAAUUAAAGACAGGUAAAAUUAAAAAGAAGUUUGGAAAUAUGAAAAAGAGAAAUUUGAAUAAUUGAUGAAAGAUGAUGGAGAAUUAGAAAAAAAAAUACUUCAAAUCUAUAAAAGAUAUUGA